AUGUCCGAUUCGGACAGCGAUUUAUUCCGGAGACGCGAGUCUCAACAACCAGAGCCGGCCAGCAGCCCACCGAGCGGCCGGCGCAGGAGCACUCGUCUCACAAGGCGCAGCGGCUCCACUACGAACGAGCGAGAAGAAAUUCUCACUCAACUACAGAACCGCGGCGUGACUGCCGCACCGGGGCUCCCUCUCUCACAGCUGCGGGACUUGGUGAAACACACAGCGGGAGGGGAGCGCAGCGAUCCCUCCCCGCCUCCCGCGCCAGGACGGAAGCGGACCCGGAAGUCGGGACCAAUACAGCCGCCGCAGGCGAGGCGGAGGAAAACUGCUACCCGGUCCAAUUCUCCACCAGCGACGGCAGGCACGUCGGGCCCAGACGCCGUGGUAAUCGCAACGCUACAAACAUUGGUCAACACGAUGGGCACCAUAGAGGCGCGCCUGCAGCACCUAGGGGACAGGCAGCCCACUCCAUCCACCUCAUUCGGCGCAGGCAUCCAGGAUUCCAGAGGGCCCAUGGCCGGCAUGGUGGUUCAACCCUCUACAUCGGCACAAGGGGAAGCGGCGCAGCAUUCUUUGGCAUCAGCGCCUGUGCAAGGAGGCGCAUCCAAGGUCUGUAUGCUCUCGGCGCGCGGGCAGGAUCCCGCGGGGGGGGCCACGUGGUUCAAAAACAUUUUGAGAAUACACCCCUCAACACCUAUCGACAUUGCGGCACUAGCAACAGAGCUAUCUUCGCACCCCGACCGGGGGUUCGUGAAUCACUUGCUCACAGGCUUAUCACAGGGGUUUCACGUAGGAGUCGUCGCGGAGCCCACCAGAACAUACAUUGCUAAGAAUCUGCAAUCCGCAAGGGAAGAGCCAGGGACUGUCGCCAACCUAAUCAAAGAAGAGGUAAGGAGGAAGUACAUCGUGGGCCCCUUCAAGGCAGCACCAUAUUCGGUAUUUCGCACCAAUUCAGUAGGCAUUGCCACGGGCAAAUACUCUGGGAAGAAAAUUCUUGAUCUGUCUGCCCCACAUGCGAGAGCCGUUCCGAGCAUCAACAGCCUUAUCCCCCCAGAGCUAUUUUCCCUCCACUACAUUUCAGUCGACAAUGCCAUGAGCUUGAUUAAAAGGGCCGGCCAAGGCGCAUGGCUUUCUAAAGUGGACGUAAAAGACGCAUUCAAAAUAGUACCCAUACACCCGGCUCAAUGGCAUCUCUUCGGGAUCCGGUGGAAGGCGAAGUUCUACUUCGCCGUGCGGCUGACUUUUGGGUGCAGGAGCAGCCCGUGCAUCUUUAACAAAGUGUCCGAAGCACUCUGUUGGAUCCUGCUGAAUAGGGCCAAAAUCCCGUCAGUACUCCACCUGCUGGACAACUUCCUGGUGAUAGAUUCCCCGCGGGACGGGUCAGGUUGCUCGCUACGGCGAGUGGAACAGUGCUUUCGUUCACUGGGCGUCCCAUUAUCAGAGGGGAAAACAAUGGGGCCAGCGACACGGCUAGAAUUCUUAGGCAUCACACUGGACACAACCGACAUGAAGGCAUCUCUUCCCAUGGCAAAGUUGCAGCGCAUCCGUGAGUUCACCAAGCUAUGCCGUGACACGGGAACCUUUAGCAAGCAGCAGCUACUCUCCCUUCUAGGCCAUCUCAACUUUGCCAUGAGAGUAAUUCCGCAAGGACGCUCAUUUAUUUCUCGGCUGCUGGACUUAGCGUCCUCGGUGCCCUGGUUGCACGAGCCCGGUAACACUAGAUCACACUAGAUCUGGUCUCGCCUGCUCGAUCACUGGAACGGCGUAACAUUCUUUUACAAUGAGAUCGUGGAGUCUGCAGAUUCACUGCAAUUAUUCACAGAUGCGGCGCAUUCUGUGGGUUUUGGGGGGUUCUAUCAAGGCCAGUGGUUCGCCAGCCACUGGCCAACCGCUUUUUGCAGGUUUGAAACAUUGAUAGCGCUGUACGAGAUCUACCCAGUGUCGGUGGCCUGUUUCAUCUGGGGACGACACUGGACCCGCAAGCGCAUCUCCAUCAUGUGUGACAACCAGGCAGUGGUGGACAUUGUCAACAAAGGCCGCUCCUCGGCCCGAGACAUCAUGCCAUUCAUGCGAGGCAUCACGUGGUCCGCCGUCACCAACAACUUCAUCAUCACUGCCCGGCAUGUGCCCGGACGGCAUAACAAACUGGCUGACUCACUUUCCCGUUUUGAUUUUCAGACUUUCCAGAGGCUCUGCCCCGAGGCCCACGAAGCACCUGUUACAGUCCCUCCGUGUCGCACCCUGAUGCUCUCAUAGGACAAGGUCAGA